UACAAGCGGCAUCACGGUAUAUCUCUGACGAGUUUAAGAGUAUUUUGGUGAAGCCUAGAACAGCGUGAUAGUUUCUCAACGACUCCUCGUUACCUCAGUGACCUCUUAAUUUGUCGGUAUACCUCAGCAACCGGUUCAACGCGAACUAACGAGAGAAAUUGUAAACUGGAAUCCUCGACGACGCCACGUGUCGUCACGCGAAUCUCGCGUACGUUGUUCUCGUCGGACGAACCGUUGUCUCGACCAAUUACGGGCUCCUCGAUCGAGACGGUCUCCUCGUCUACUUGUGAUCGGUUCUUGUUCGGUGUGCAUUUGUAUAAGUGAAAGGCCUCGUCUAACCUCCUGUACUUUGGGACCAUGUGUGAUAGGAUUCGCCCGAUGUAACGGCCUUCCUCGAACCUUGUGUUAUUUCUAAGUACGAUUUUAUAAUAAAAGUGACAAGUCAUAGACAACCUCGUGCAUCUUUUGGUGUUAUUUUUGUGUGUACGGACUCUUCCCGGCUCUCCUCACUCCCCUCGCUCCCCUCGAAACAUAAACAGAAACGAUUCGUGGGAGCAGUUUAGUAUUAGCAGCGAGUGUUAAACGACAAUGAAGUGGAGCGAGAACGAAACAGUCAAGUUUGUCGAGCUGUACAAGCAGCACGACUGUCUGUGGGAUAUUACAUCGCCCUCGUAUCGCAACAAUCAAAUGUGGUCGGGGGCAAUCGAAUUAUUGAUCCACGACAUGCAGAAGGAUGGUCUGGGUCCCGCGGAAACCAAACAUAAAAUAAAAGUCCUGCGUGUACAAUAUCAUAAUGAGAUGAGAAAGGUGGAGGCCUCCAUGAGGUCAGGCGCGGGGACCGAAGAAGUUUACAGACCGCGACUCUUGUGGAUCAGUACCAUGGAUGAAUUCAUGAGACCUACGCGAAGGAGGAGAGAAUCGCAGAGUACGCUGACAUAUCCAAAUUCGGUACCAUCACCGGCAUCGCGAUGCUCUACCGGCCUGCCAACGCCCGACAGCGCAGAUCCGUGCGAGGCUUGGACAGAGGAAACGCCGCCGAUGCAACCCGCGCCUUCUUUUGUCGGGAGUUCCAACCCCGGGAAAAGGAGGAAAAUGGGACAACUUACCGGAGCAAUGGACCAAUUGCAGUAG